AUGUCACCGCCCUCGUCCCCCUCCUCCUCCCGGGCUCGUCCAGCCCAUGUCCGCAGCGACUCGAACAUGUCCACCUCGUCCCGCGUGCGCCCGCAACAAGCCACGUUUGUGAACAGCGGCAGCCCCCUCGCUCCGCGGUUGGCCGGCGGCCUCGCUGCCCGCGAAGUGCAAUUCGAUGCGACCGAGACCGAGACCGAGACCGAGACCGAGGGCGAGACAUCUCCGGGAUCACGCAGCCCCGCCAAGCCAGAUAAUGCCGGCGAAGCACGGGGGCAGAGCUGGGAUAACGUGCGCGAUGGGUCCAUCUCCCGCCGUCCGGCGUGGCGGCGACCCAGUCCACGAUGGGUCCUGCCUUUUGUUUUGGGCAUCACAUUAAGUCUCGGGAUGACUAUCCCUGUGCGUGCCGAGUUGUAUCUCGACCUAGCAUGUCUCGUUCACCCCCCAAGCGCGCCGGUGUCCACAUACCCCGUCACCAAUAGCUUGCUAAGCGUCAGCAGCGCAGCCGACGCUACGCCUCUCUGGCCCAUUGAUAUUUCAGCCCACGCUCACGGUAACUGGUCCGUGGCCCAGACUGUGUCUGAACCUGUACCGGGUACCCUCACCCCCGCUGAGCGCUGGUUCCAAUGGGCCCAGCGCGAUAUCUUAUCCUACCUCGAGAGACGUGAGGGAUCGACCCCGUCUGAACCCAACAGCCCUAACCCAUACCCUGAGAUCGACCCGUCGCACUGCAAGCGCGACGCAGGCGUGCAACAAACCUCAGCCCGCCUUACACAGAUCAUCGCGGUCGUCGCGGGCCUCCUCUCGGCAAUGACGACGGGCUGGUGGGCAGCCUACUCUGACCGGCGGGGACGGCGUAUCGUCCUGGCUGUCGUCGAAGUCGGACUACUCAUCAACGACCUGUGCAUGCUCACCAUCGCAUCAUAUCCCCGACUAGUAGUCCAGACCCGCCUGUGGAUCCUCCUCCUUGGCCCAGCACUAGACGGCCUCCUAGGCGGCUUCUCGACAAUCGUGGCGGCGAUGCACGCUUACAUCUCUGAUGUGACGCCUGACGGAUCUCGCGCGACCGCCUUCUCACGUCUAGGAGCGGCGAUUAUGGCCGGCAUGGCUAUUGGUCCAGUUCUCGGCUCGGCCAUCAUCAAGGCCACUGGAUCACUUCUCUUCCCUUUCUACAUCAGCGUAUGCGUCCAUGCAAUGUGGGUCGUACUUAUCCGUUUCCUCCUCCCCGAGAGUCUGUCGUCGGACUCGCGCGCCAUCCUCAAGCAGCGCGCCAAGGCUGCCGCUGCCGCCGCGCGCGAACGUGACGCCGCCGAACGUGCAUGGGAGUUUGACGGCGACGACCAAGACCAACCGCAUGAAUCGGAAUCGAGCUUUGCCCGGCUCGCGGGCGGCGUGCGCGGUUCCCGCAAUGCCAGGCGGACCAUGGGGUUCGCACGCCGUAUUGGCCGCAGGGCCAUUCUCCCCCUCAAACCACUGGGUAUUUUCUGGCCACAAAGGGGAGAAGACGGGCGCAGGGAAUACAACCUCAUCCUGAUCGCCAUCCUCAACUUUAUCAUGGCCAACAUGAUGGGCGCUGUCGUCGCAAAGGCAAACUACACAUUCUGGGCAUUCGGGUGGUCGCCAGCCGAGCUCGGCCCGUACCUGAGCUACAUGAGCAUGUGUCGUCUCAUCGUGCUCCUAGUUCUCCUUCCACUCAUCCUACGCAAAGUCAAGCCGUAUUUCCGCGAACCGGCAUUUGUUGAUAAUCCGUCGUCGUCCGAAAGCACGGAACGCACCCCGCUCCUAUCAGAUGCCGACGCCGACGCCGACGCCGACGCGGAAGCCCCGUCGAAACCCAAACGCUCUGUCCGCCUCGACCUCUGGAUCGUCCGCCUCUGCCUUUUCCUCGACAUGACUGGCUACCUAAUGAUGGGCGCAAACACAACAGACAGCGUAUACCUCUUCCUGGCCGGCAGCACUGUUGCGGCGCUAGGCACUCCGGCUGCGCCGGUAGCCAACUCGCUUGCUCUGAGUUUCCUUCCUAACAAGCACGAUGUUGGGCGGUUAUUUGGGGCGAUGGGGGUCCUGCAUGCGAUCGGGACGAAUCUCGUUGCCCCAAUCGUCUUCUUCUCCGUCUAUUCUGCGACGGUGGCGACGUAUGCGCCGACAAUCUUCCUCGUCGCAGCGAGCCUUAUGGUUGUGGGUCAGGUGACGGUUUGGAGUGUGCGCACGCCAAGGCGAGAGGACGACGAGAGGGGGCGCGGGCGUGGUGUGCGCACGACUCGUGUUGGGCAGGCGUGA